AAGUGGUUGUCAAGAGAGAAAAUAUCAGUCUUCAUUUAGAACUCAAGCAGAUCAGUUCCCAAAUCUAACAGUACAUCCAAAAUGUUCAAGGUCAUCGCCCUGGUUGCCUGUCUGGCCGUCGCCGUCCUGGCCUACGAGGACUACAACAGCCAUCCGAGCUACAAGUACGAGUACGGAGUAAAGGACUCGCACACCCAUGACCACAAGAGCCAGUGGGAGUCCCGUGAGGGAGACCACGUUAAGGGACAGUACACCGUGGAUGAGGCCGAUGGAACCCACCGCGUUGUGGACUACAGCUCGGACCACAAGACCGGAUUCCAGCCCCAUGUCCAGCGAGUUGGUCAUGCCCAUCAUCCUCAUGGCGAGAGCUACUCCAACAUCAAGCAGCACUACUAGACGGAUAACGAUAAAACAACCAAAUUGCCAUUGAAUAAAAAUAACUUUUGCAAGCAAACUACGUUUUUCUUUUUUCUUAUUAUUUUCAAAUAUAACUAUAAAGUUAGUCCCAGAUAACGAACAAAACAUUAAAGUUAUAAAAAUGAGAACAAUCUACUCUCAAAAAAAAUUUCAAUAGC